AUCGGUGUUUUCCAAAAGCUUGAUCACCAGAGCUUGACUAUUUCUUCAACUGGUAUACAGGAUAUUGAGGAGAAAAUUUUCUAUUCAUCCAUAUGUUACGUGUUCAUGGAUUUUGAUGAUUUUUAAAUGUGUUACAGAGGAUAAUGAUAUUCAGCUUGCGUCAGAGCGUGUUCUUCAAGGAUUCGGUUCUCCAUUUUUGAAGGCAACGACCUCAUCGUACACACUGUCUUCUCCAUCUUAUGUGGCCAUGAAGUUUCUAUCGAAAUUAUUUUUCAUUCUCGAUCUGUAUUUAAAUAUCACAUCAAGUCGCGUUGAAUCAACCCAAGAUCAGAUGUUAAAGGCUAUCAAGACGACCUUCAAUAUUUUAUAAGUAUAAUAUACUUCAAGAUAUCAGUUACUAGUGAUGGGAUGAAGUGUGCCACGAGUGAACGGUAGAAUACGAGAAAAUGAUCAAACACAAAAGAUCCCAUUAUUAGUAAUUAAUAUAUGUAAUUUAAUACAUAUAAUUAUAUAUCGAUUAAUAAUAUAUUUAAUAAUAAAUUUUCAAUUUAUUUUUUUCACAUAUUAUACGUUUAUAUAAUAUAAAUUUAUUUUUACAUUAUAUAUUUUAAAAAAUAAAUCGAAUUUUAAUGUUACUUAUAUCUCGAUCGAUCGAAAAGUAUAUUUACUUAAAAAUAGCAACGAAUGCAAAGAAGUAAUAUUAUAAUUACUCGAAUAAUCUUUCUUUCUUUCAUUUAAAAUGAAUGAUUCCGAAACGUGUUCUUCAAACGUUUCUUUUUUUCAUAUAUCAACAUCGAUUCGAUGAUUUCUAUGAUAAAUCUUGCGUAGCAACGGACCGUGACGUUGGAUUGGUGGACAUUAACCGAGUCUUGAAGCACAUUUGUUCCUUUUUUUUUUUCUGUUUACUUCGAUUAUGUAUGCCAUCGCACUCAUAAAUUUUAUUUCCUCGGAAUUGGAAUGUGCUCUUAAUCUGAUCACAUUUUUAUGAUUUCUUAUUAAGAGAAUCAUGAUUGUUACGGGUGAAUAUCUUGAAAUAUCGUUUAUCGAAAUUUUUAUGAAUAAAAAAUAGUAAGUUCGAAUGUAUAAAGUAUCUUCUGAUAAGAUUUCAGAUUAAUUGAACUUGCAAAAUCAUUUCGUUUCUUAAUUAGAACAUUGUAUUAUAUAAUUAUCUAGGAUGAAUAAAAAUGAAUAAAAUAAAAUAUAUUAUUUAUUUUUUAAAUCUUUAUGAUGCAAAUUGUAAAAUAUGUACAUUAAUAACAAAUGAUUUAACCAUUUGUUACUUAUAAAACAUGAAAUUAUUAAAAAAUAUGUAACAAUAUAAUAAUUAAAGAUAACGAUAAAAUAUUUGUUAAAUUUUACAUAAUAUCUUAAAUUAUAAAGCAAUUAAAUUUACAAUUACAAAUAAAUAUUUUUAAAUUAAAUUAUAUUCGAUUUUAAAUUCGAAGAGCCAUUGAACGAAGUGAUAUACUAAAUUCUCUGUUCGGUCUCACCUGCUGAGCUCAACUUUGGAACUUUCUUCCUUUUUCUUUUUUUUUUUUUAAGCAUUCCUCCUCGGCGACAGUACCGUUACUGGUAUUAUUGUACACCUGAUUAAAUUUAUUAUUGCAUUCCGAUUAUGAAUCGUUGAAUAACAAUGAUUAUCGAACAAUAAAUAUAUGCUCGAUUCAAAAGAAUACAGAUAAAUAAUGAAAAUUGCAUUUUCGUCAUAAUUUUUUCACUUAAUUAAAUAUAAAUUAAAUUUAUAGCAACACGAAACAUUACAGUUUACAUCUCGAAUUUGCAAAGAUAGUUGCAAGAUUGGAAUAAAUUCCAUGUAAUAUAUAUAAAUUGAAAAAUAUAAUUCAUCAUCCAAAAAUUUGGAAAACAAUAAGAAAUAAAAAUACCAAACUUAUUUUUUAUCAAUCAAAGCUCGUAGAAUAAUAAUAAUUAUCUUAUGAAAAUCGAAUUUGCAAUCGUAAGAAUAAAAUUCUAUUUUUAAUAAAAUUUUCUUUAUCGAUGAAUAAAUAGAUUUCGUUAAUUUUUCUUCUUCUUUCCUAUCAUUUAUAGAACGAUUAUUAUUUACCACAACGAUCGACGACAUGGUCCAGGGUUUCGCCACAACAAAUAAAAAAACAAAGGGGGAGUACAACGUGGAAAGUCGGCAGCGCAAUGUUAAUUAUCUCCGCUAUGUUAGUAUUAAUCGCGGUCUUUGCAAUUGCAGGACUUGCGUUAUGGAUGGGAGCUCUUCGAACAGAUUCAAAAAAUGCGAUCGUUGGAUUCUCCUGCAGUUUCAGAGUGGCAAAGGGUGAAAAAUAUAAUCCAAUGUUGAAAUUAAAUACCAGUAUGGUGUUCCGCGAAAAGGAACGCAAAUACAAAAAUAUAUUCGAACUGUUAUUUAGAAGAAGCGUGUUGGGCACUGCUUACAAGCAAACGAUCAUAGACAAAUUUGAAAACGGUAUAUUAAAAGUGUUCUUCAGGAUAUAUUUAAACAGAAGAAAAAUACCACGAUCGAUCACGAAUAUCGAGGAUACGAUCGAAGACAUUAUCGUAAAAGAGACGUAUUCAUCGUCCUCUUUAUUUAAAGACAUGGAACUGGAUCUUGCUAGUAUAUCAAUAAAAAGAAUAAGCCAAGAAGUGCCAGGAAAUCAGAAGCAAACUCAACAAAAGAGCACGAUGAUCACAAAGAACGGUCUCCUUCGACCAAACAGGAACAGCUCGUUGAUUACCAGCUCGAAACCAAAAUCUAAACCGACCAAGAUCGAGUCCAUCGAACCUGACAUCGAUUUUACCAACAUACCAACCAUCCAAGGAACCUACAAAGCCGAGAAAGUGAACGUCACCUCUUCAAACAAAACGAAUUCCACUCAAGAAACUGCGAAAGCUCAAUCCGAUACGAGGAAUAAUAUCAAAGUAUCGUUAUUACCUACUCAGGAACAAAGUACGAACAAAUCGAUUAUCAUGAAAAACAGCACUGAAACGAGUCAAACCGUGACGCAAACUGUGACCAACAAGAUGAACGAAAAACUUAAUUAUACCGUGCACGAUGAUGAACCGUUUAGCAACGUUUAUUCACAAUCUUCUAAGAAAGUCAUCACGUCCACCGCUUCCACGAUCAAAACAAAAGAGCAAGACGUGUUCAAGGAUUUUCGCAAUCCUGAUUUCGAAACUUCGCCGUGGAAACCUAUCAUACCUGGAUAUAUUAAUACCGAGUUAAAAUUAUUGCCUGACAACGUUGAAAAGACAAAACACAAAACUGAGACGAAUUACAAGGUAAAUUAUACUAAUACCAACGUCGGAGACAUGGUUUCUGACACCUCCAUGAAGAUGACACCCCAGUACAAUGUCCAAGGGGAAAUCCCUGAAAUACCGACCAAACCUUCCGAACCAUUGGGAAUGUUAAAUUCGUAUGCAGACGUUCCUGGGAUGAGCACAUUCGACAUCAGAGACACCGAUUUUCCACGAGACAGGAUCGUCCCUCAAGAAAUGAUGAAUUUCAGGGUGAAUGGAAAAUUUAAGAACAAAAUUCCAGGAUUGCUAGAGGAUGGACAGAUAUUCACGGAAUCCUCGCCAAUCGAAUUGGACGACAAGAGGCCGGAUAUAGAAGUUUCCGGCCAAUUGCCAUCCGAAACAUACGACAUCAAACUUCGAACGUCCUCCAAACCUUUCGGAUUUUCUUCUUCUCAACCUUUGGAAUUUUCUUCCACGAAACCUCAUCCGUCCACGAAUGAAAAUGAAACCGGUUGGAGAGUUGCUGGCUCAUUAAUCACAGAUACUAGGUACGAAGAGGCUAUUAAGCAAGAUGUUAAGGAGGCUAACGAUUCUAUUAAGACGAAUAAAAAGAAGAUGGAUCAAAGUACUGCGAAGGAUAAAGAAAGCUCGGAUAAUCUUUUACUUUCCGUCGUUUCCAGUACUCAAAAAUGGCCGGUUCAAUUGGAUUACGAGGAAUCGACGACGAAAGUGUCGGGUGUGGGGGUUGCGGAGCCGGUUCCGGAUGUGGACGUUGAAUUGGAACCGAGAAAUCGGUAUUCGGAGGUCCAGGCCAUGGACAAACAGCAGAAUAACGCUUUGAAGGAUAGAAAAGUUGAUAAAAAUGGGCAAGAACCGAUAUAUACCAGCUAUAAGACUCCCGAUUUGAACGGAGCUGGGAUAAGGUCGAGUUUGAUCGAGAGUUCCGGCACUCUGAAACCAUUCAGGCACACGAUACCCGUGGACAAAAUUACAUCUGUCGUUGAUUACAGUAAGAGAGACGAAGAGGGAUCAUUGAAGCAAGAAAUAAACACUGUGACGGAUAGUAUAAUAAAUCAAGAAGAGAGAUUCACCGAGGCUAGUCAAUUAAGCGUGAACUCAACCAGUAAAGGAAAUAACAAGGAGGCGAUUAAGAUUCUUCCAGAAAAUUUGAAGGAAAUCAUAGAAUUGGAAACUUUCAAAAAAUCGAGCAACGAUUCCGAAACGAUUUCUACGAAGAAUUCGAGGAUCGAGGAACACGGAGGGACGCGUCCAAUCGAAUUAAAUACGGAGAGUAUAAUAGACGAUGAAAAGUUUCUCAAGUUAAGCACCACGGAAGUUUAUUCGGAGAUGAUACAUCCGUUAUACAAUAACGUUGAUAAAUUAGUGAUGAGAAACGAAGGGAACAAAGAGAGAUUGACGUCCAACAUUUCGAGGAAUUCCACCUUCAUCGAGAUCGACACGUUGAAGCACACGCCAGGGGAGGACGAAGAGGACAACGAUGGUUCCUCGAAGGACAAAUCAUCGACGAAAAACGAAGGAACUUUCAAUGGAACCGUGAAUCGACCGUACAAUUCCCUCGAGACACGAAAAAAGAUUUAUAACGACACUUUGAAAGCUUACGUGGUGGAAAAUUUAGUUACUCUUGCGCCUGCCAAGAGCAACACAGGAAUCGGCAGACCCGUACGACCAAGACCUAAGAUCGAUCACAUCACUUCCUCCGACGAUUCUCAACUUCUGGACCGAUUGUUUCGCGUACCUAGCCGUGACAGAAACACGACGAAACGCAAUUCGUCCAACGGUCGAGACACCAUCGCCUUUCAAUCAACGACAAACAACGAGGGGAAAAAUAAGGAGCAUCCUAAGAUAGAACAAAUCGUGGAAGUGGUGACAUCGAUCAGCACCAAAGUGUCCUCCAAUUUUAAAGGAAACCCUAUCGUAUUGAAGUUCGUCGUUACCAACUCGACCUCCCUUCCAGUUAUACAUUCGGAAUCGCACGGAGAACAAGUGUCAUCUUCGCAGAUAUCAGUGCCCGAACAAUUGUUCUCCGUAUUGGAGAGUAAGGAAGAAAACCGAUCGUUCGGAGAUAGAGUUUCGAACAAGACGCCAUCUUUAACGUCGGAUAGAAAAAUAUCAACGAUCGAGGAGAAUAGAUCUCUUUUGGAGAGAUUGAAGCAAUUCGCGGAGAUUGGAGCGGAAAAUGAGCCUGCAAAUGGGAAAGAUAAUUCCAAAUCUCAUGGGAAUUCGAAUAUCGAACAGGAAGAUCAUCGGCCAUUGCCCGAUUUCGAGAAAUUGAAACAGAUCGCCGACAUAGCGACAGGGAACGAAACUUUGAUGAAUUCUAGCGCGGGAUUUACAAUGAAUCGUGACGGAGUCGAAAUAUUAACGAAAAUCUUGAAUAAAAUGGAAGAUCGAACCGAUAAAAUGAUUUCCAGCACCGAAGAAAAUUUAGAAGCUGAUCAUUGUUCCGGUUUCCAAUGCAGAGAUGGCAAAUGCUUGUCUUCUAGCGGUAGAUGUAACAUGUUAGGUGAAUGCUCGAAUUCAGAGGACGAAAUGAAUUGUACGUGCGCUGACUUUUUAAAGGCGCAACUCUUACAUCAAAAGAUAUGUGACGGCGUGGCAGAUUGUUGGGAUUAUUCGGACGAAACCGAUUGCGAUUGGUGCGAAGAGGGACAAUUCGUUUGCGGCAACAGUCGAACCUGCAUAAACCAAGACAAAGUUUGCAACGGUUAUACAGACUGUCCAGGUGGGGAGGACGAGAAAAAAUGCGCGGCGCUGAUAGAAGACGAUUCAACGAUAAAUUACGAAGAAACGAGUAUCUUUGCUAAGGACGAUAAUGAUCCAGGGACCAUCGUAACCAAAGAUGAACAUCCAUCAUCUCAAGGACACCUUUCAGAAACAGAAUCCACCACUGACAAGGACAUCCUCCUUUAUGAUCAAGAAGCGGUAGAAUCUUCCAUUUUAGAAUCAACCACUUUACACGCCUCGUUCCAAGAUAACAUUCGAUUAGAAAAAAUUGUAAGCACCAGGGACGAAUCGAUGAUGAAAGAGAAAACGUUUCUUAACAAUCGUGAACGUGUGAAUGGUAGUACGAUUCUCGUCUCCGGAAGAGAAAUAUCGUCGAACGCGAAGAACAUCUUGCCGCAUGGAAACUCGAUCCAUUUGAACGCGAAAAACGCAUCGAUGAUAAAUUUGAAAAAAGAGAUCAAUAAUUAUAAUGAAAAGGGUUACUUGAAUAUCAGGAAGAACGGGAAAUGGGGAAAAUUGUGUCUGAAUGGAAUGGAUCAUCUCUUGCAAGAAAGACAAACUGCUUGGACUAUCGAAGACCUCGGCAGAGCCGUUUGUAAAGCGAUUACGUAUCAAGAUUACGAAUCCGUGGAAAAAGUGUUGGACGAAAAUCCAACAUCUGGAAGAUCGUAUUAUACACUCUCCUAUAACGAGAAACCCGUCGAUAAAAGGAUCUUGACUUUCAAACCUUCGAAAUGCCCGAGUGGCGAGGUUCUCAGGGUCAAGUGCAAAAACCUUGAAUGCGGUAUAAGAACGCAGGCACCAUCGCAAGCCAGGUCGAAUAUUUCACGACGUUCCAGGAUAGUUGGCGGUGGUAGCUCUUCAGCUGGAAGUUGGCCAUGGCAAGUUGCUCUGUACAAAGAAGGUGAUUAUCAAUGUGGAGGAGCUCUCAUCAAUGAAAAAUGGAUUUUAUCCGCUGCACAUUGUUUUUACCAUGCUCAAGACGAAUAUUGGGUGGCGAGAAUCGGAGCUACUCGCAGAGGAAGCUUUCCAAGUCCGUACGAACAAGUAUUACGUUUGGAUCACAUAUCUUUGCAUCCUGAUUACAUCGACAAUGGAUUUAUAAACGACAUAGCGAUGUUGAGACUCGAGGAACCAGUAAUCUUCAGCGACUACGUUCGACCAGUAUGCCUUCCACAAUCAGAGCCGAAAAGUGGUACUAUAUGCACUGUGACUGGUUGGGGACAAUUAUUCGAAAUAGGAAGAAUAUUCCCGGAUACCCUGCAAGAGGUACAACUUCCCGUGAUUUCAACGGAAGAGUGUCGAAGAAAGACAUUAUUCAUUCCAUUAUACAGAAUCACACCAGGAAUGCUUUGUGCUGGAUUGAAAGAUGGUGGAAGAGAUGCUUGUUUGGGAGACAGUGGUGGACCUUUGGUUUGUUCGGGAUCAGAUAACAAAUACACUCUUCACGGUAUCACUUCUAACGGUUAUGGCUGUGCCAGACCUGGACGACCUGGAGUCUAUACAAAAGUGCAUCAUUAUCUUCCUUGGAUUGAACAUGUAAUUUCUAGAGAAGAUAUUCGAUCUUCAAUAGCUUCUUGCAAAGGUCAUCGAUGUCCUUUAGGCGAGUGUUUGCCAAAAUCUCGAAUAUGUAAUGGAUUUCUAGAAUGUUCAGAUGGUAGCGAUGAACGUAAUUGUUCUAUUAAUUUAUAGAAAUAAAGACUGAUUGUAUUUGUAUUUAUUCGUUCCAUCUUAUAUAUUAAACGAACGAAUUAAUUAAAAUAAAAGAACUUCAAUAUAUAAAAAAAUUUAUAAAUUUAUAUUUAUAUAAAUUAUAAUAUAAUAUUAUAUUAAGAAUUUAUAUAAAUUUAUAAAUUUUGAAAACAAUUAUAGCAUAGAUAUAGCAAGAAGAUAAAAAAAAAGAAUUAAUUUUUUGAAGUUAAGAAACAUACUGAAAAUACUAAAUAUAUGUUUCAUCAUUAAAAUAUGAAAUUUUCCAUCUUUGGAAAUAUUGCUGUGAAAUAAAUAUUCGUUGAUUUUAUAUAAAUGUGCAAUAAAUAGCUAGAAAUCAAAAGUUAAAGAUAAAUGUUAGAGAGUGUAUUCAUCAAAUGUAAAAUGUUUCAAAAAAUUUUAGUUAUUAAUGAUAACUAAUAAUACUAUUAACACUAACUUAUACUCUUUUAUACAAUUAUCUUUGCAUUUGAUAGUUAACAAUAAUAUGUUUAAAUUACAGGAAUAGAUUUACUAAUUAUAUAUAUAGAUACAUAAUAGAUUUACUGAUUAUAUUAAGAAAAUCUUCGUAAUUAAAUUUAUAACAUGAAUAAUUGCGAAAAAUAGUAUUUUUGAAUCACCCAAUUGUUAAUUCAUAAAUACUUACUACUAUAGAAACCUGGCAUUUUGAUUCUUUUACUUUAUUAGUUACAAAAAUGAAUCUUAAGGCCAUGUAUAUCAUGUUCAUUAAUUUCAAUUUCUUUGUAAACUGCAAGUUUUUUAACAUAAUGUAUAUAUAUAUUAUAUCACAUCUAAUUAUGUAAAAAGAUUCUUUUAAUGCUAAUAAAUAAGAAUUUUUAAAAAAAUAAA